AUGGUAGUAAAUGAGCUCAAAGUGAGGGUGUUGUACGCAAUGGUAAGUCUGUUCAGUGUUCCCAAGCCGGUGAAACGAAUGUUUGACACGUUCCCCUUGCAAACGUAUGGUGCGCAAGCCGACAAGGACGAGGCAGUUGCGUUGGAAGUACAACGCAGGUCCUAUCCAUUCACAGGACGCGGUGAUGGCGACUUGAAGUUGACUGCGGAGGACACAUACAAGCUGGGUGUCUACAACGUCUUUUCCGAGGCCACUACGGGGGCCAUGCUGGCCACAGACCCGUGGUGUCUAUUCGUUCAGCUUGCACUGUGCCAGAAGAACGGUCUUUGCCUGCCUACGGAAUCGCAAGAAAAGGGCUCAUCUCAAUCCUGCAACCAUGAACUGAUGGUACUAUCACGUCUGUCCAACCCUGAUGAGACUCUGCCCAUUCUCGUUGAGGGCCACAAGAAGAGAAUCGUGAGGUCUACGGACGCCAUCAGCAACACCAUGCGUUCCCGGGUGCUCGAAGAUGCUGAGCAGCUUAUGUACGAUAUGCUUCUGGACACGGUGCUCUAUGAUUGUUGGAUGACACAGGUACUUUUCCGUAUCUCCAAUUCACAAUUCAUGGAACUGUAUUCCUCCCAGAAGCCAAAUGAGUCGACAUCCACCUUAGUGGACGUAGAAAACUCUUUGCUGGGCAAGUUAUCUGCCAACAGCUUGAAAAUGUCUUUGCUGAAGAGAAACAAGUUCCAGCUGCGUCAUCGAGAAAUUGCCGACAGUAUGCACGCCAUUUAUCACAAGCGUCAUAACAGCAUUAGCCAAGAGCAGGCAAUAGAUGUACUCUUUGAGAACAGUAAGCAAGUCCUCUUGGAUUUCCAAAGCAGUUUGAGUGGUAAUAAUACUCAACCCGCUUCUCUGCAUCUAAAGAUCGCAAGCUACAUUCUUUGUAUCAUGAACGUCAAAGAGCCUAUAGAGUUGAAGGUUUUUGUCGAAGAUGAGUGUAAAGACCUGGUCAACUUUGCGCACAAAGUCCUAAAUAAUUUUAUCCAGUAA